AUGCAGACGCUUUUCGACGAAUGGGAAUUCAGCCAUCAAAAGGUGUCUUAUUGUAUGUAUAUUAUUGCCAGAGAUAAAACUCUAAGCUAUCCGUCUUUAUCCAACUCGGUAAUCUCUGAUUUUAGAUUUGGGCCUCCGGGAACCGGCAAAACCCUUUUAGCCAAAGCAGUUGCAGCCGAGACAUCUGCCAACUUUUUACCAGUGUCGAUACCUGAUUUAAUCAAAGGCGAGGUUGGUGAGUCUGAAAAAGCCAUAGCUAACGCGUUCAGAAUAGCUGCUCGAUCAAGCCCAUGUGUGAUUUUUUUAGAUGAGUUGGAAACUGUAUUUGGUUUACGUGAUGAGAGCGGUACGCUAGGCAAAAAGAUGAUAUCUCAACUAUUUCUCGAGCUGGAUGCUUUAACUGCCAGACAACUUCCCGUCAUAAUCCUUGCUGCAACAAACAAUCCAGAAAUGAUUGAUAGAACCAUAUUACGGCCGGGGCGGCUUGAUCGAAUAGUGUACGUUCGACCGCCGCUACGUGAAGAACGGUUGCAUAUAUUACAUCUAUUAAGCGUGAGAACACGAUUUUCUAAUGAAGUAGACUUUGAUGAUAUUGCUCGAAACACGGAAAACUACACAGGCGCAGAUUUGAAAGCUCUUACUCAAAGGGCAGGUUUACUAGCAUUAAAGAGAUGUAAAGAGGGAGGAAAUGCUGAACAAAUGGCCAUUUCGCAAAGUGAUCUCUUACGAGCGCUUGCACUAGUUCGACCCUCAAUAUCCAAGAAAGACAUUCUCCGAUACGAAAAGUUCAGACAAUUAUCAUUGUAA